AUGACGCAGUUGCAGAUGCGGGUGAGAGCCUCGUCGUACUGUCAGGUCGACGACCGACAGCCGUUCCUCACGCCGCAGAACAGCUACUCGCGGAGACUCGGCGAGCACAUGAUGAACAGUGGUGGGUUUCCGAACAAUUACCUGUCUACAGUACUCUUCGAAAAUAAUCCUCACAUUCUUCUUGGGACCAAAGUAUGAUAGAUCGUUCCUAUCAAAGUUUUUCUUUCAUUUUUCUUAAUCCUGGAAGCUCCCACCAGCUUCACAUGGUUUUGGACUUUACAUGGAACAGUUUAGUGUUUCUUUUUUUUUUGAAAUUCCAGAGACCUUCGCUCCGCGAAUAGUUCAAUAGAUAAUAUAUGUUAAACAUUUCCGGAACUUAGAAUCCAAUACACUUGAGGAAUGAAGGCUCAAGGCUCAAUCUUAAUUUCUCUCUAAUAAUAAUAAUAAUUCUUUUUCGAAGCACUAAAUUGAAACUGAAGGAGACGCUUUCAAACGCAAAAUAUGGAGGGGCACUUUUCAUCACAAGAAAAAAAAAAUGAAAUAAUUUCUGAACCGUGAAAUUUGUUUAUAGAUUUUUGAAGCGUUGGCGGUUCUUUCUGUCAUUUGCAACUGGCCGGCUAAAAAAACAGCAUUUCCUUACUAGGAAUUAGUUCUCCCAGGGGCCGAAUUGGAAGUUUAGUGCGAAUCUCGCAUCAUUUGUCCCUUUUGUCUGGUUCGACAGCUUGUAUUCGGCUUUUUUCCUUCUUUUCCCACGGAUCAAACUACAAUCAACUCUAAUUUCUGGCCGUAUUCCUUACCUAAACCGUCCAUUCGUGCUUCUUUCAUUCACUCGAUAUCAACGAAAAAAUGAGAGGUUUUUUAUUCAUUCAUUUUUUUUAUUCUGUUUAUAAUUACGUUAUUAAUAUUUUUUUAUGGAAGGAAAUUUUUUUGAAUAUAGUCUCAACGUAUCAUAAAAAAGACGAUAAAACUGGUGGCAUCCGUUGUUGGAUAUUGGGAAAUUACUCUUUUCGGCAAAGAAGAAAAAACCCGCCUCACAACCUAUUUUUGGAGGUUUUUCAAUUAGAAUACCAGGAAUUCAGCCCAUUUCCGGCCUUUGGAUUGCACUGAAGCCCGGGUUUAAAUGGUGCUGGAAUACGAUAUUUGUCUAGAAUAUUGAAAGAUUUUCGGCUUGAUUUUUCUUGUUUUGUUCAUUUUGGUCACAGCAAGUUUUGAGCACUUUUGAAUGAAUUGAAAAAAUCUGACUUACAGCAAAAUUGUUGAAAACAUUUAUGAAAAGAGCUUUUUUUGCCGACUUCAAUUUUUUUCUAUCAAUUUAUCGAAAGAGCAUUUUCGCUCCACUGACAAGAAUAUUUAUAUUUUAUUCUUCUUUCACUUUUUUCAUCGCCCCCUGUUUUCCACGAAUCCAUAUUUUCUUCAUACUUGAACUAUAUUUUGCACUUCAUAAUUAUUUUAUAUUUCCUAAUGAAAAAUGAAUAACCUAACCAACAAAAAUUAGUCAAUUUUUCAAGUUCCGAGGAAAUUCGACGAAUUGUGGGAAGUUGUGAAGCGCCACUGAUUAGCUGUCAAUUUGUGGGAAUCUGUUACCAUGGCGCCUUCCUCCGGCUACAUUUCCGGCACAGACAAAAGAAAAAGUCGAUUGUUUUCCGCAGAGCGCGAUUGUAGCCGCAUUUCGCGCCGCUUACCGUACCACAGUCGUCGACAUCGAUUCUCGCUUUCCUUCGAUUCGCUAA